AUGACUGUAGGGUCAAUUCUUAAUAAAACCAAGAUCAAACUCAGAGAAAUUCAUCUAGGAAUAUUAGAUCGAGGAGCUAAAUAUAGAGAUGUUUUUACUUUCGCGUUGGAUUACAUUGAGAAUGACGAAGAACUAUUACCGAACACAAGGAUAGUUCCGUAUUACAGGGCUAUUAACACCAACCCUAUCAACAUCAGUAAGAGAGUAUUUGAACUACUACAAAUAGGAGUAUCGGCGAUAGUGUGUCUAGCACCCUCUACCAUCACCCAGCAGGUGGCUAACUUUGCUAACCAAAAGAAAGUGCCCGUCAUUGCUGUCACUGCUACUGAUCCGUUGCUGGCAAACAAGGAAGACCGACCCUAUCUACUACGGAUCUCCCCGAGUGAUUCUCAGCAAAGUUCCGCCAUAUCUGAUAUCUUGUCCUACUUCAGGUGGCAUCACUUCUCUAUCCUCACUUCAUACGAUCCUUACGGUAUACACGGCAUAGCGGGGAUACAGGAAGCAGCCACAGAGAGAAACUGGAAGAUAAACAACAUCCAACACUUUCUUGUUCCUGCAGAUGUUUCUAAACUAAAUGUGUCAAAGGAGCUGGAGCGGGUGUAUAAGAGUGAGUCCCGUAUCAUGGUACUGAACUGCGGAGCAAGUGCAGCUGGACAAGUGCUCAGACAGGCUGAGAAGUUUGGUUUGACCAGGGACGGGUAUGCUUGGAUUGUGUCAGACGGGGUUACCGGCAACUUUAACGAUCUAUCACCGGGCAGGAACAAUGUGUUUGAGGGGUAUUUAGAUGGCCUGAUUGGCACAAUGCCAGCUACAAAAGAUGGGGCUCUUUAUCGCUCUUUGACUGACGGGCUAAGCGACAGAUAUGAUCUCAAGAGACGAGAUAUUACCCCGUUUGCAAGGCUUGCAUUUGACUCUGUUCUGGUAUUUGCACACGCUCUACACGGAUAUUUUCGAGAGAACAUAGCAUUAGCUGAACAAAAUAUAAAUGUUUGGGAGGAACCAGGAGUUGAAUUUAGAGAUGGCCCGUUGUUCUACGAGCACCUAAAACAGGUUGAAGUUGAUGGCGCAAGUAAAAUGUUGUCGUUUGACGAGGACGGUCAGAUAAAAAACGCCAAGUACGACAUUGUAAACUUUGACGCAGUGAACGGCUACUUCAAGGAAGUAGGAUACUGGUCACCACAGACCGGAGUAGUCCUGAAUACGGAUAUGGAGGUGUUCUUCAGUGGUGGAACUAAGCAAACCCCGUCCUAUCAGAUAGCUACACUGGAGGGCAGGCACCUUGUACUGGGCAUAGACGUGGACCCUCCGUUUGUAAUGCACGAUGAAAGUUGUGGUGGGGAGAUCGCCUGCUAUUCUGGGUAUUGUGUGUCUCUGGUUCUAGAACUUUCGGAGAUGCUCGAUUUUACUUACGAAUUCGUUCAUCCGUCUGAUGGAACAUGGGGUGGACUGGAAAAAGACGGAAAAACCUGGACAGGGAUAUUCAAGGAUCUGUUGGACAGGAAGAUAGACAUAGCAACUGUCCACAUGUCAAUUAACAGCAUCAGAGAGGAAUUUAUAGACUUCUCCGUUCCCUUCAUGCAGGCAGGCCUGACGGUGGUAGUGAAGGGUGAAGAAGAGACGAGUGACGGUUAUUUCUUUCUCUCCCCCUUUAGUGCGGAUGUCCUAUAUGCUAUUGGAGCGGCAGUUUUUGGAGUUAUUAUAAUUGUGUGGGUUUACAACCGGAUAUCCCCAAACGGGUUGUACUGGAGUAAGCAGUUUGCGCUAAUGUCCUGCAAGUGCAGCAUGUGCAGGAGGAGACGGAGGGAGGGGAGACAGUUUCAGAGACACAAAACCUGCGCUAUCAAACAGUUGGAGGCUCAGGAAGAGGUGUUUGAAUAUGACUCCCUACCCUCCAAUUCAGCCCAGUUGAACAUGACAAACUCUUCCUGGAUAGUGUUCGCAUCUCUUCUCAACCAGGACCCCGUUAUCAGCUGGCCUACCAGUAUCUCCGGAAGAAUUGUCCUCCUCUUUUGGUGGCUUGUCGUUAUGGUGGUUCUGGCCAUGUACACUGCUAACCUCGCUGCCUUCCUCACUAUAACGAAGAUGACAACUGGGAUAUCAAAGAUAGAAGAUCUGCUGAAUCAGGACCGCUACAAGUGGGGGACUGUGAAGGAUACCCACCCAGAGGUAGCCUUAUCUAACAGUGUCAGGGAGGACUUCAAAACUAUCAUCCGCAAACAGGACGCCGUUUUAACAACUGACGAAGGAUUUGCUCGGGUUUUGGAACAAGAGUACGCGUUCAUAUAUGAAAGUCCAAUUUUUGAGUACAUGAAGAGGAAGUUCUGUACUUUGGAGAAAGUUGGUGUCGGAGAGUUCUUGAGCUUUGACUACGCAUUUGGCUUUCCACCUGACUCACCCUACAUAGACGUAAUAAAUCAAGCUCUACUGAAGCUGCAAGAAAACAGCAAGCUAGAUACACUGUGGACAGCUUUACUGGCUAACACGGGCCAAUGUCCCCCUCGACCACCCACCGCUCAGCUGACCCUGCAGUCCCUGAACGGUGUGUUCACUACACUUGCAGUGGGACUUGUAGCCAGUGUGUUCGCUCUCAUUGGGGAGUAUUUGUAUGUCACGUGGUGUGAUGUACAGGGUAGAACUGUGGGCUGUCCUCCCAAGCAACGGCCCAAGUCCAUGUUAGAAGCGCUGAAGAGGAGAUUACGAUUUCUUGGCCACGACCUGAAACAUUCGUUCUCACCUCAAUCAAACAUAAACAAAUCAAGUAACGACACAAACGAUGUUUUCAAAGACAGUGAAAGUGUUGAAUUAAGACAAAAACUUAGAAAUAAGACUGAUCAUCACGUGGCUAACGACACGUCUGAUUCGCUAACAAACAAUGAGUUAUCAGCCAACGAAAUCCAGGGUAUCGACCAUGAAGAGGACUCAUUAGAGUCGGAAUCAGAGAUUGAUGAUUACAGUCAAACUGGAGAGGAAUGCACUGAAUGUGGCCACUAG